UUUUUUAUUUAGAACGGCUACUUGAUAUUCCACCUGAACUUGACAAUGAGAACCGAGUAUAUAAAUGCAUUUUGAUUCAAUAUUAAGCAUAUACAGUUUUUCGUCAUCGAAAUAGGUAUAACUCGAUCUCCAUAAUGAAGGCCGUAAUUGCUGUUCUUUUUGCCAUCUUCGCCUACGCCUCAGCUGGUGCCAUCAUUUCCAACUAUGGAUUGGCUUCUUCCUUGACUUAUUCAGCUCCAUUAGCUUAUACCGCCCCAUUGGCCUAUUCUGCUCCAAUUGCAUACUCCGCACCUAUUGUAGCUGCUCCAGCUAUUCAAUCUGGAUACGUAGCCGCUACUCGUGGCUCCGUGCACACUGCCCCUCUUCCAGAAGGACUACAUGCCUUUAGCCACCACAUUAAUACGGCGCCUGCAGCUGGAACUUUUUAAACAAUUUGUAAAUAUCUUGAAUAAAAUAACAAUAUAAAAAUAAAAAUUAAA